CAAAUCUUUAAUUGUUUGAGCCUUUACAUGGCUAUUCAACCCUUGUAUAUCCAACUAAUCUCUUACGACGCGAUCGAUUGCCAUGGAUAGCCCCCUCCUCUCCCCCGCAAAAGCGCGCCAAGCGGCCAUUCAGGCCAAAGAUUGGGCCUAUGUCAAUGCAUGGCUCAGUCGUCAGUACGCACCGAAUCCGGUUCCCAGCUUCGAGCGAAAUGAAGAUACACUGCGCACUCUCUUAGCACUGGCCGCUGCCAAUGAUACUGCGGAUGAGGAAGCCACCGUUCUCCACCAGGCUCGCGAGCAGGCGGUUGAAAGCUUCAAAGCCCAAGAGGAGAAUGAGGUAAAGCAGAAGGUGGAAAUACUGCAUGAGGUGGAGCAUAGUCUUGACGACAAUGGCAGACGAAACCUGGACGACCUGGCAGAGACAACGGCAGUACUUGGGGCUUUGGGCACAAGUACGAGAGACCUGGGCCAAUCGAUCAUUGAACUUACGGUGGAAGAAUUCGACGCGCAGCAGCAGAUGAGUAGAGUACAGGCACUACACGAAUACUUGGGCAGAGAGCUGGCUACGCUGCGAGAACAACUUUUAGACCUCAAGACCAACGAGGUGUAUGAAACACCAGCCAACCUCCCAGCGCUAACGGCGGAAUGGACAAGAGAAACCAAACUGCUCAGCGCCAAAGCUGGCGAAUACCAAGAUCGAAUUGCCUCGCUACAGAGAAAUAGGAGCAAGGGACCCACGCUUGAAGAAGUAAUUGCGGAAGAGCAGACCGUGAUCAGGAUGCUGGAGAGCACUAAAACACUAGUGGAGAGGGUAAAGAAGCUCCAUGAUCUGCCAAGCGACAUCCCUGGUGCUCGGGCGCAAUACAAGGAGCUAGAACAGGAGCUUGAUCGACUCACCCAGCAACGGAACACUACGUCUGAGAAGCUUGCCGAAAAGUAA